UACCAAAAUUCUUCAAGCCUCCAUUCGCCCAUCGCCAGCGCAUUCGACUUCUUUAGAUACACCGUCGAAGUCAUUCCGCGAGCCUCCGGACGAGUUAGGUAAAACGCCUGAUCUCUGCACGGCUGGCGCCGAUCAUCACAACCGAUGAAGAUCUAGCAUCGUCAUUGACUUGUCGAUAGCCUCGUCUGAAAACCCCAUCAACGCAAACAUUGUGUCAAGCUAAGCUUUUCGAGCCGCAGUUUUCUUGGCGUUGCUACUACAAGGGGCAUUUUCGGCAUCCGUGUGCACCAUUUGCGGCGCCAGGGACGGAUAAGCUUUGUUAGGCUUUUGUGUGAGCACUGAUGUCGACGAUGAUGUCACAUAUGUGUAUCGAACUUAAGCAUUCGAUGCCAGGGCUUGGUGGACAAUAUCGUAUCACUUGUGCCUCUAAGCUUUUCAACAUCUACACUUUUCCGUGAGUGAGGAUCAUGCUGGAUCUCAUUCGCGACUCGGCCUUUGGCCACAUCGUUCGACUUGUGACGCGGAACAAGUACCUUCAAUAUCCUGAAGAGAAGGACCCCGAGAUCUGGAAGAAAUAUGUCAGUCAUGAGAAAUCUGGAUACGCCGCAUACCAUGGAUCUACACAACCGCCCGAGAACGCGGAUGAGAUUGAUGAACUCACCCAGGCACAUGGAGUCAGAAGCCGCGAUGAUAGACACGACUCUGAGACAUCGUCACGCACAAUCGGCAAUGGUGUCAAUGAAGCCAGUGGUGUGAGAGUGGAUCCUGAAAAGGGCAAGGACCUUCACGUUGUCGAUUGGUAUGGACCAGACGACCCCCAGAACCCGCGAAACUGGUCGCGUGGAAAGCGGUACUUUGUUACCUUUGAAAUUUGCUUUCUUACUUUCUCCGUAUACAUCGGCUCAGCCAUUUACACACCCGGUCUCAUGGAUGUAAUGGCAGAUUUUGGCGUCGCUCAGGUUCCCGCAACAUUGGGAUUGACGCUGUACGUUGCUGGAUACGGUCUUGGGCCUCUGCUCUGGUCGCCUAUGAGCGAGAUUCCUCAAAUUGGUCGUCUUUGGGUGUAUAUUAUUACACUUCUAAUUUUCGUCCUUCUUCAGCUGCCGACUGUCUUUUCGAUCAACUUUGGCAUGCUUCUUGCCUUCCGGUUCUUGACUGGGUUCUUCGGUUCGCCAGCGCUCGCCACAGGUGGUGCCUCCAUUGCCGACAUGUAUCGACCGAAGAAACAAGUAUAUGGCUUGGCUGUGUGGGGAAUUGGAGCUGUUUGCGGACCAGUACUCGGUCCCCUUGUCGGCGGCUUCGCUGUUAUGGCCAAGGGCUGGACAUGGACUAUCUGGGAGCUCAUGUGGCUAUCUGGCUUCUGCUGGGUAUUCCUGUUUUUCUUCUUCCCUGAGACGAGUGCACCAAACAUUCUGCACCGUAGGACACGAAGGUUAAAGAAGUUGACUGGUGACGACCGUCUUACUUGUGAGGCGGACAUCAUGUCCCAGGAGAUGUCAGCGAAGGACAUUGUCAACAUGAGUCUUCUCAAGCCCUUCACCCUCAUGUUCACGGAACCCAUCGUGUUUCUACUGAACCUAUACAUUGCGCUCAUCUACGGACUCCUUUACAUCUGGUUCGAGUCAUUCCCCUUGGUCUUUGAGGGGCUGUACGGCUUCAACCUUGGCCUUGAAGGUGUGGCAUUCCUCGGUAUCCUCGUCGGCACCUUCGUUGCGGUCAUCGUGCUCUUUGCGUGGAACUACUAUUACCUGGAGAAGCAGUUUGAUGAGAACGGCAACAUUGAGCCAGAGAAGCGCCUUAUCCCUGCCAUGGUGGGCUGCUUCGCCGUACCCAUCUGUCUCUUUUGGUUCGGAUGGACGUCUAGGUCAGAUGUGCACUGGAUUGUGCCCAUCAUUGGAUCGGGCUUCUUUGGUGUCGCAGCCUUUACGCUGUUCCAAGCAGUUUUACCCUACCUAUCGGACGCGUACCCAGACUCAGUCGCUAGUGUACUGGCGGGCAACGACUUGAUGAGGUCUGCAUUCGGUGCCGGUUUCCCGCUGUUCGCCAGUGCCAUGUUCAAGAACUUGGGCAUCAACUGGGCGAGUAGUACGUUGGCGUUCCUGGGUAUCGCUUUUAUCCCGAUCCCAUUUGCGCUUUACAAGUGGGGCAAGCAGAUCAGACACAAGAGCAAGUUGGCGAGGAAGGAUAUCUAAGGGGGUGGUGUAUGCGAUACGAGUGUGUAUGUAAUGC